AUGAUUUUCUUCGAUGAAUUGAUGAAGUAUUUAUACACAUGGGUAAUAGACUGUAACCCAAUCAAUUUUCACAAUGCCCCACUUAACUCAAAACCGAAAAAUAAUUAUACUCUCUUAAGACUAAAUUCACAAAGGACAUGUAAAGGAAGAACUAGAGACUUUGCAAUUAGUCCUAUCGCAACGAGAGCGUUCAGUGCACGUAAAUCUGGUCAAGCUAAUCGAUUUACCAAUCGUGUAGUAACUCUUUGGUACAGGCCACCAGAGUUACUCCUAGGAGAUAGAAAUUAUGGACCUUCCAUUGACUUGUGGGGCGCAGGGUGCAUAUUGGCUGAAAUGUGGAUCAGAUCUCCAAUUUUCCAAGGUGCCACUGAACAAAAACAACUGACAUUGAUAUCACAAUUGUGUGGUUCUAUUACACCAGAAGUUUGGCCUAAUAAUUAG